AUGACCGGCGACAACUCGAGACUCAAUGGCCGGCGGGCGGAGGAAGAGCCUAAUGAGCGCACGCCGCUCAACACCACCGCCUCGAGCAGCUUGGGCAAUAUGUCGGCCGUACCCAGCCUCACACAUAAUUCGAAUGGGAAGCCAUACGCAGAAGACGAGCGCGCGUGGGUUCGGAUACCUUCAACUUUUGCGCGCCUGACGUGGGCAACUUUGGCAAGCAACUACGUCAACGUGUUGUUGGUUUGCGUGCCGGCUGGUAUCGUUCUGGGAGCUCUGGGCGCCAACCCAACUGCCGUCUUCGUCGUGAACUUCUUGGCCAUCGUUCCCCUAGCCGCGCUCCUGAGUUUCGCGACAGAAGAGCUUAGCGUCAAGCUUGGUCAGACCGUGGGAGGCCUCAUGAAUGCGACCUUUGGCAACGCUGUGGAGCUCAUCGUAAGCAUCUUGCGCCUCAUGUCAGAAGUCAUGGCCCCUGACAGCUUUCUAGGUCUCGGUUGUCGCCCUUAACAAAGGAGAAAUUCGCAUUGUCCAAGCUAGCAUGCUUGGCUCGAUCUUGUCGAACAUCUUGCUGGUCCUUGGCUGUUGCUUCAUCUCUUCUGGUAUCCGUCGAGGCGAGAGCAGGUUCAACGAGACUGUUGCGUCGACCAUGUCUUCCCUCAUGGCCGUUGCAGCAACCUCGCUGAUCAUCCCUGCAACCAUGUACGCGGCCCUUACUAGAAGCGAUGCGGAUUCCGAGGGCAACAUCCUUAUCUUGUCCCGUGGUACCGCCAUCAUCAUGCUUAUCCUGUACUGCCUCUACCUCUUCUUCCAGCUGAAGACUCACGCCAGUCUCUUCGACGCAGAGGCCCAGGAGGGCGGCGAUGGCGAGGGCGAGGGAGAGGAGAAGGAGCCAGAAAUCUUGGGACCUAUCCCAGCCACGGUUUGCCUGAUCCUGGUCACCGUCCUUGUAGCUGUUUGCGCCGAGUAUCUGGUUGACAGCAUCGACUCCAUUGUCGCUUCCUCUGGUAUCAGCAAGACCUUUAUCGGUCUGAUCCUGCUGCCAAUUGUCGGCAAUGCAGCCGAGCACGUCACUGCGGUUGUCGUGGCCUUCAAAGACAAGAUGGACCUUGCUAUUGGUGUUGCCAUUGGCAGUUCCAUGCAAAUCGCUCUCUUCGUCACUCCGUUCCUGGUCAUUCUUGGCUGGAUCAUGGGUCAGGAGAUGACCUUGAAUUUCCAGGGAUUCGAGACCGUGGUGUUCUUCCUCAGUGUGCUUGUGGUCAACUACCUUAUCCAGGACGGCAAGAGCAACUACCUCGAAGGUUGCAUGUGUCUAGGAACUUACAUCAUCAUUGCCCUUGCCUUCUGGGUGUAUCCCGAGGACGCCGGAGAUAUCUCACAAAUGGUGUCGAGGUUCUUUGCGCAUUGA